UCUCUUGAUUGGUUUAGAUCCCAGAAAGGGCGUGUCUGCUGCCAACGUCAAUCACUGGAAUCGGCUCCAAUGACGCCAGUCUGAUAACUGUUGCUGUUGUCGCGGUGCGUUGAGACACACAUCGGCGCGUUUGUUUGGGGAUGUGCGUGAUUUAACCGCGUCCAGAUCACCGGAACGCGUGCAGGUGUGUGUGACGGACAUCAUCAUGCUCAAAGGCUCUCGGUGAUCCGCUCCUUCCCAUGAUUCCUCAUCAGGCCGCCCCAUGCCAGCCCGUAACCAUGACAACCACUCGCCCCCGUGAGCCCCUCCGUCGCCCGGCGGCCGUUUGACUGGAUGAGGAACCCGGCCUCCAGUGAUGUGAUGCACAGGUUUGAGGUUCUUGGGAUUGUGGGGGAAGGAGCGUACGGGGUCGUCCUGAAGUGCAGACACAAGGAGACUAAUGAAGUCGUGGCCAUUAAGAAGUUUAAGGACAGUGAAGAAAAUGAGGAGGUGAAGGAGACGACCAUGCGUGAGCUGAAGAUGCUCCGCACGCUGAAGCAGGAGAACAUCGUGGAGCUGAAGGAGGCGUUUCGGCAGCGAGGGAAGCUGUACCUGGUGUUUGAGUACGUGGAGAAGAACAUGCUGGAGCUGCUGGAGGACAUGCCAAACGGAGCUCUGCCGGAGAAGGUCCGGAUCUACAUCUACCAGCUGAUCAAAGCCAUCCACUGGUGCCAUAAGAACAACAUCGUCCACAGAGAUAUCAAGCCGGAGAAUCUGCUCAUCAGCUCCGACGACGUGCUCAAACUGUGUGACUUCGGUUUUGCGCGGGAUCUCUCUGAAAGCACCGAUGCGAACUACACUGAGUAUGUGGCGACUAGAUGGUACCGAUCCCCGGAGCUGCUGCUGGGGGCUCCGUACGGAAAGGCGGUGGACAUGUGGUCGGUGGGGUGUAUUCUGGGCGAGCUGAGCGACGGUCAGCCUUUGUUUCCGGGCGAGAGUGAGAUUGACCAGCUCUUCACCAUCCAGAAGGUCCUGGGGCCCCUGCCGCCCGAACAGAUGAAGCUCUUCUACAACAACCCACGCUUCCACGGGCUACGGUUUCCCUCGGUCAACCAUCCGCAGACUCUGGAACGACGAUAUCUGGGAAUCAUCAGUCCAGUCCUGCUUGACCUCAUGAAGAACCUGUUGUUGUUAAACCCGAAUGAGCGCUAUCUGACUGAACAGAGUCUGAACCACCACGCCUUCCAGACUCAGCGCCUGACGGAGCGACCCGGCCCGCUCACACCCACACCCGUCCGCUCCUCCAAGAGGAAACCGCUCCUGGACAACGGCGCCCCCAGCAGGGGUCAUGUGGUCAAGAGUUCAAGUCACCAUCGCUCAAACAGCCGUGACUGCUCCAGUCUGCCCCGUCAUGGGCACGAUGAGCUCCACCCAUCCAGCACCGAGGCAUUCCUGAAUGGGUCGGUACCGUCUGCCAACAGCCUGAGUCCGGUGAUGCACCCCAAAUCCUUUCAGCCGCUCAACCGCUCGGCGUCAUGCGGUAAAGACCUGGCCAGCCUACAGCACGCCAAAGAGGCCAAAUCCAAAGUGGGCGAUUUUGACUUUGGCAAACCGGCGGACGGGCCGGUGCCCAAAUACCUGAAAUCCAACACGCCUCGCACCCAGAACCGCCAUUCCUUUGUGGAGGGCAAGACCAGCACGUUGACGGGGGAACGGGAGAAACAGAGCCGCCAUGGUUACGGUGAGUCCACCGCGUCGUCGGGCGGAAAGGGGUCGUCUUCGUACCUGAGUUUGUCCAAGAGUCACGGAGUGCUUAGCGAUGCCAAAUCCGUGAGCAACCUCAGCGACAUGCGACUGCAUCCAGAUGACCCUGCUGGCUCUCCGCGCUACUUCCCCAGCAGCUGCUUGGACCUCAACAUGAACCUGAACUUGCCGGCGCCGGGCAGCCCAUCCCUGCAACACGGGGAGCGUUCUGGACACAGUCCCGCAGUGGGGCGUCGCAGCAAAAUGGAACGGGACGGAAGCACGGCUGAGCCGUCCACCCGCCGCUCCUCAUCAAGGCAAAAGAGUGACGGAAACUCUGUCGAUCCGCUCGAUCCCAUUGGGGGACUGACUCUUUCGGCGCCCCAUGAGUUCCCCUAUGGCGUGGGCUACACUAGCCCGUUUUCCUCCCAGCAGAGGCCGCAUAGGCACUCCAUGUACGUGCGGAGGGAACGGGGGCGACCCCACGGGGGUGAGGCGGGCGGAUUGGCAGUGGGGCAAGGGAUUCCCACGAGAGCCAGCAGUCUACAGCUCCUGACCCCUCAGCUACAGCAUCGGACCCUGCCGAGACACAUGGGCAGCGCCGUGUCGCGGGACGCAGGAUUAGACGACAUCAGGAGCGACCCCGCGGCCGCAGAGGUCAGUCACACGCGACCUUUAAUCCGGGAGUCCACACGGGACAACACCACUGCCUUUCACGCACCGCGGCAAAAGAGCGAGGGAGGCGUUUAUCACGAGCAGCUCACCGAUGACAGCGGAUCGGCCAAAGAGAACCGCAUGAUGUACAGCGACUCAGUGCCGCGACGGGUCGGGAGCUUCUACAGGGUGCCGUCUCCCAGACCCGAUAACUCCUUCCACGAGAGUUCAGGAGUCACGAUGGACAGCAGCCACAACAUACACCAACCCACAUACGACCCGUGGACGGGGUCUGAGACGCGGGACCUGAGUCCUCCAGAACCCACCAAAGAGAAGGAGAAACAAGGCUUCUUCAGAUCCAUCAAGAAGAAGAAGAAGAAGUCUCAAACCACCGACGCUGAUGACGAGCGACGGCCAGUCGUGAGGAAAGCUCUGUUUCCUCUCUUUCACUCUCAGAGGAGCUUCGCGCGCAGCUCCUCUGAGAGAGAGCGUCCCCUAGUGGCCACAGCAAUGGUGCCGAGCGAGGGGCCGGAUCAGGUGCUGAUGCAGAAAGCGUCCCGCUCGUACACACACCAGGGCAGCAGACAUCGCACCCGCAGCCGAGACCGAGAGCGCAGCCGCGACCGAGAGCGAGAGCGAGACCAGGAUCCGGAGCGGGACGCAGACUGGCCCGCGGAGAGAGCGCCCGACACACACUCACAGCCUCUUAAGUCUUUACGGAAGCUGCUUCAUCUCACCUCCUCGUCCUCGUCCUCCAACCAAACCUCGGCAGAUCUCCACUACCCCCUGCCAUCCUCCAAAGGAGGCGGGAGUUUCGUGGAGCCGCGUGGCCUCGGCUCCAUGCAGCCCAAGGGCCGUCCGGCUGCAUACGGGGCCCCGGGGCCCCUGGAGUCCGGCUGGCACUCCAGCGCUCUGGGCCGUCCCGAGGGAAACCCGUAUCCCGACCAGCUGACCUCCAAAACGGGCCCCAACGGCUUCGCUCGCCACUUUCGUUCACGUUUGCCAAACCUGAAUGACCUUAAAGAGACGGCGCUGUGAGUCCAACUCACCCCUGAUGGACCUUCUUUUCUUGCGUAUUAAGGGUAGGCCUAUAUGUCUUUAUUUUUGGGUUUUUUCUUUUUUAGUUUUUAAUAUUUGAUAGCACUUCUUAUAUUAUUUAUGUACUGUAAUUACUGUAUUUUUUGUUAUCUGAUAAUACAGUCUAAAAGCAGAUGAUAUAGCUCUAUGUAAAUGGGAAUAUAUAAAUGUAUAGCACUGUACGUGCGGCUUUAGUUUCUACUCUGGUUGUAGUAUAUAAAUAUUAUCUGAUUCUGCAUAGUUACUCUUAUAUUUGGCUAAAGGUUCAUGUAUAGAUGACAGUAUUGACAUUUAUUUUAUAGUUAUAGAAUAAGACUACAGUAUAUAUAGAUAUUACGGCUUUGUCUUUGAGUAUUUUCUGUUUACAAUUCAGUGAAUAUCGGUAGAUAUUAAGAGUAACAGUAAUUAACGGUAAGAAUGCGCGAUUAUAUGUGCGUGUGCUUCCCAGAUAGCACACGUAUGUUACUUUAAAUGUCAUAUUUAUGUAUAAAUUUAAUUCUUAAAUGUUGUGAAUAUCAUACUAACACACAACAGGGACGACAAACACUAGCAAAUAAUUCAGAUUUUGAGAGCAGACUUUUCUGCUCAACGAAGCUGUAAUUGUUUAAUUAAAAAUACAGUAAAAACAGCAAAAUUGUGAAAUAUUUUUACAAUUUAAAACAGCUGUUUCCUAUGUGAAUAUCUGUUAAACUUUAAUUUAUUUCUGUGAUCAAAGCUGUAUUUUCAGCAUCAUUACUCCAGUCUUCAGUGUCACAUGAUCUUCAGAAAUCAUUCUAACAUGCUGAUUUGCUGCUCAAAGAACAUUUCUGAUUAUUAUCAAUGUUGAAAACAUUUAUAAUGUUACAAAUGUCAUCAAAGAAUCCUAAAAAAAUAUUGAGUACCAAUAAUCAAUAAUAGAGCAGCAAAUCAGCAUAUUAGAAUGAUUUCUGAAGAUCAUGUGACACUGAAGACUGCAGUAAUGAUGCUGAAAAUUCAGCUGCGCAUCACAGAAAUAAAUUACAUUUUACACUAUAUUCAUAUAGAAGAGUUAUUUUCAAUUCUAAUAAUAUUUCACUUUUUUUCAGUUUUUACUGUAAUUUUAAUCAAAUAAAUGCAGACUUGGCGACAAUAAAAUUCAUAAUUAUUCCAAACUUUGACCCAUAGUGUACUGCAGAUGACGAAGCGUCUAAAAAACGUCCCGACAACAUACGUGUGCUAUCUGGGUUUCGUGUGGGUCUUUUGUUAGUCUUUACAAAUCACAGCCACUGAAAUUUCUUAAGCCUUUAAAAUAACAAUUGAAGCAAAAACGUCAACCAAAUCUGACCAAAUCAAAUGAAAUGGUGUGGCUCCACCUGCCGGCCAUUAAGAUCCACUGCAAAAAAAAAAAAAGUCAGAGUAUAUGAUGCCUUUUUUUUAUUUUUAAAGUAAGAUUACUUUUUACUAUAUCUUAUCAGUCUUUGAUUCCCUCAGGUAUAGAGUUCUUUGAACACUGCAAAUACAGUUUUACAUGCAAUAUCUGGAUAUCAGAUGUCGAAGCUCUUUAGAUUGUUUCAUGUUUCUGUUUAGGGAAAUAGAGCCAGUGUGUGUGUAUACACGAGGAGGAGAAAUAAUAAUAAUAAUAAUAAUAAUAAUAAUAAUAAUUUAUUAAUUUUAUGCAAUAUGUAAUUUCACAUUCGCCAGAUAAUCUUCUAAAUAAAGCUCAAGGUUCCUGGAGGCGUAUUGUUUCGUCUCAGCUGGUUUUUACACGAAUGAUUCAUAUGUCAGUCGGGUACAAGAGAUGUCAAAUGCCAGGAUUUCCUGGAAAACCGAGCUCGAUUACACAUCAGCGAUAUGCAUCUCAUUUUAUUUUCAGAGAUUUAUGUAUAGGAAUUAUCCUCGAAUCAUCUAGAUUAUUGAGAAUAUUGAUCAUAAACUAGUCAAUUAGCCGCUAAUCCAUCACCGCGGCCCUUGUGUCUGAAGUUUAUUCAUCAGUCUCUUCUACUGCCACACGUUUCAUAUCGCAGGAUUGUCAUGACGGAUGGUGUUUCACUCUAUAAUCAUGUGUUUUUCAGCUACAGUGAGGAGUUGAGAUGCUAAUGAGCUCAUUUAAAUAAACAUAAGACUGUCUGUUUUUUAAAAGAAUCCAUGAAUAAAACCAAAUCAAACCAAAUCAAACGUGAACUGUCCUUGAGCAGUGCACUUGAAUGUUUUUUUGUCUUAUAAAUAUUUUACGUGUAAAAUACCGUACUACACUAGGAGAGCAAAUGCUAGCAUUGCAUAGAAUGGUUUAGGUUUUGCUAGCAUUGAACAAUUGCAAAGCUAAUUUUAAUCAUCUCCUACACCCUUGAUGUUAGCACAUGCUAAAGCUUGUUGUUAUGGUUUGAAAUGACUUAUUUCAGUAUCAAUAGCAGUUACUAGGUCGGCACAUCCCGUCAACCCAUCAAAAACAACGUGGUUAUUUAUUUAUUUUUGAAAACCAUAUAAGAACAUUCUGGGAACUGAAAAUUAACCUUCCCAAACAAACAAGCAAGCAAAAAACAAAACAACAACAACAAAAACACCUAACCUUCCCUGAAUGUAUAGGCCUACAGAACAUUCUCUAAUGCUCUUUUUUAGGUUUUAUUUUUAAAAACUAUGAACUAACCUCCCCAGAACGUUGUGAUAACCUAAAGAGAACAUUUUGGGAACCAAAAAUUGUUAGCUGGGUGGUUAGUAAUUUUAAGACAGGAUUUUCCAUUUUGUUUUAUACCUGAUUAGCUCGACACUGCGUCUCUUUAUGUGUUAAUUGCUAAUGUCUAAUUGCUAAUGGAAUUUUUCAAAAAGACACCUACAGUAACAUCAGUGUGCGAGUCCUCUUCUGGUUAUAUUUACAGCCAUUUAUUAGAUAAUAACAGUUUAUUUUGGUUGUUGUGCUGAGUCAGAAACAGCUAGCUAGCUAGUUUACAGCCUUUAUCUGUGGUAUUGAUUUUUGACCGUUUUAAAUGCAGUUACUAAGAAGCUCGAUGGUUGUUCACAUGUUUUCUGACUCAAUUAUUGAAUCAAUAUGGAAUUUAUUCAAUUAUUACCGCUCUACUCUAUUUAUAAACUCCUACUCCGAUUAUAUCGCGAUUUGUUUGGCAUCUCAACCGAUUUGAAUCGUCACACAUUUGAAUCGAUUUUCAACCGGCUCGCGGUUAAUCGUUACAUCUUUUAUUAUUAUCAUUAAUUAUUAUUUCAGAAAGCAAAAUGGACUGUUGCUCUUUUUUGCAAACUUUGCAAAGAUCAGCAAGUCAUUGAUAAUAAACCAGCCCUCAUGUUUUGGACCAAAAAUGGUUAUUUGUUUUAUUUUGUACACACAGAAGCUACAGUUAUGUGGUAUUAUUACCCUCUGGUCUGAGUAUUUUACUUUAGUACCUA